AUGGUCAAAUCACUCCUUUACGCGGGUGUACUCAGCUCGUUCAUCACCCUUGCGGUCGCACAAACCGCUGGACAGUGGGGACAAUGUGGUGGAACUGGUUACACAGGUCCUACCCAGUGCCCUAGCGGGUGGAGCUGCCAGGCGGUCUCUCCUCCCUGGUACUACCAGUGCCUCCAAGGAGGUGGUGGUGCGACGACCACCAGCAAUGGCGGCCAGCAAUCAUCUACUCGCACCAGUAGCUCAUCGCAGUCGACGAGUACCAGCGGCGGUGGUUUGUCUGGCUUGCCUCGUCUUAAGGGUGUGAACAUUGCUGGAUUCGAUUUCACCGUUCGCACUGACGGCUCUUACACUGAUGCAUAUGUGACACCUCCCUCGUUCCAAUUCAACCACUUUGCAUCUCAGGGCGUGAACGCCUUCCGUGUUCCGUUCGCGUGGCAAUUAAUGACACCAACUCUUGGUGGAAACAUCGAUAACAACUUCUUUAGCAUAUACGACCGCACUGUACAGGCUGGUUUGGCAACGGGUGCCUAUGUGAUCAUUGACCUCCACAACUAUGCUCGCUGGAAUGGCGCAAUCAUCAACCAGGGUGGCCCGACCACUUCCCAGUAUGCCAGUAUCUGGUCCCAGCUUGCUCAGAAAUAUGCUGGUAACAGCAAGAUUAUCUUUGGUAUCAUGAAUGAGCCUCACGACAUGCCGUCAAUCGCCCCAUGGGUACAAGCCGUUCAGGCUGCUGUCAAUGCCAUCCGUUCGGCUGGAGCUACGAGCCAGAUAAUCCUUAUCCCUGGUUCGUCUUGGUCUGGUGCCGCCCAGCUCCCUACCGAAGCUGGUCCUUCACUCCUCUCCGUUACGGACCCGGCUGGUGGCAAAAACAAGCUUGUAUUCGACGUCCACAAGUACCUCGACUCUGACGGCAGUGGAACACACACCACCUGUGUGACAGACAACAUUUCUGCGUUCCAGAACCUUGUCAACUGGUUGAAGCAGAACAACCGUCAGGCAGUUCUCAGUGAAACCGGUGCGGGAAGCACUUCGUCAUGCUUUACUUACUUCAACAACCAGCUCGCGUUUGUCAAGAACAACUACCCGAGCAUGCUCGGCUUCACCGUCUGGUCUGCUGGCUCUUUCAAUACCCAGUACGAGCUCUCCGUCACGCCCAACCCGGAUGGUAGCGACCAGCCAAUCUGGAUCCAGGCCGUCAAGCCUAACCUCUAA